AUGGGGCCAUCUCGCGUCCGACCCCUACCUGCGAUUCACCGCCUCCUCGGUACGCCGCGCGCCCCUGGUGGGCGGGGAACGACGCAGUGCAUGAUAGGGCGGGUGCUGGGCAUGCCGCAGGGCGCUCGCUGCUCCGCACAGCCCCCCUCCACGCGCGCUUGUCCCAGCGUCCCCCUCUCGUCUCACCUUCGCCGUCUUUCCCUCACCCUCCUUCACAUGCCCUCGCCGCCUCUCAGGUUCCCCCCCGCGCCUUCCAUGUGUUCCCCCCGCGCUUCCCAUGUGUUCCUCCCGCGCGUAUGUGCCCCGCAGGUGCCGCGGGAGCGCAAGAUCGCCAACGUGCAGAGCCUCGGCUUCGGCGCGCUCUUCGCGCCCACCCCUCCGCUCCCCGCCUCCGCCGCUUCCCCGCUCCUCUCACCCUCCGCUUCCACCCUUUCCUCCCCCACCUCCGCCGCCCCCGCUUCCUCCCAACCGCCCCCCGUGGUGCGCCAUGCGCCUCUGCGCUGCGCCUUCUGCGGGGCGUGCGUGUGCCUCUACUCCGCCAUCGCGCCCGCCACGGGCGACUGGCGCUGCGCGCUGUGCGGGCGCCCCAACAUGAGCGGCGGGCACUACCUGCUGGCGGAGGGAGAGACGCUCGAGGGGUGGCCCGAGCUGGGCGCGCGCGUGGUGGACUACGCCAUGCUGCAGCACCUGCCAUCCGCCACGCGCAUCGCCAUCAUCACCUUCGGCGCGGCCCUCUCGCUCUUCGACCUCUCGCCCUCCGCCUCGCCGCUGCUCGCCUCCGCCGACUGCUUCCCCGCCACGCACGCGCUGCCCCCCGCCACGCUGGCCGCGCUGCUGCUGGGGCGCGCGCAGCACCUCGCGCCCAUCGCGGCCUGCCUGCCCUCCGCGCAGGCCGUCAUCGCCUCGCUGCGCCCCUGCCGCGCCGCCACGCCCCCCCUCGCCCGCGCGCGUGCCCUGGGCCCCGCCGUGGAGCUCGCGCUCGCGCUGCUGCGCGGCCCCGCGCCCGCCCUGCCGCGUGCUGAGCAGCGGCGGUGGAGCGGGGCGGCGCGCGUGGUGGUGCUGUGCGGGGGGCCAGCCACAGUGGGCGCGGGGGCGGUGGCGGAAGGCAUAGAGGGCGUGGGGGAGGGCGAGGAGCGGCAGCGCGAGCAGGCGGCGCGGCGGCACUACGAGGCGCUGGGCAGGGAGGCGCGGCGCAUGGGCGCCGUGGUGGACGUGUUCUCGGGGGGGCCGCUGCUCGUGCGCAUGCCCGCACUGCUGCCCCUGGCGGCGCUGUCAGGGGGCGCGCUGGUGCCGCUGGACGAGUUCAGCCCCGCCGCGUUCCCCCCCCUGCUGCUGCGCGCCCUCUCGCGCAUCGUGGGCGCGGAGGGGUCGCUGGAGGUGUGCUGCUCGCCCGAGGUGGCCGUCACACGCGUGAUCGGCCCCGCAGAGGCGGAGGAGGGCGGUGGGCGCAGGGGGGCGGGCGGGGAGGAGGGGUUCCCGGAGGACAGUGCGACGGCGGUGGCGCUGCUGAGUGUGGACGAGGAGGCGGCAGUGGCAGUGAGCAUGGAACUGGUAGAGGACCUCACCCGCCACCACGUGUUCUUCCAAUUCCUCUGCCGCUUCCGCCUCCUCAACCACGACCUGCGUCUACCAGUGGCGGCAUCGCUACCAGCAUACCUCUCAUCGGUGCACGAGGCCACGGCAGCGCUGCUCAUCGCCAAGCGCACCGUGCUGGCCGCGCCCACGGCUCGCGAGGCGGGGGAGAUGCGCGCGUGGGUGGACGCCCGUGCACGUGACUUGGCGCUCAAGCUGGGCGGCGUGGCGCAGCACAACCGCUCCCUGCUGCAGUUCCCCCACCAGCUGCCCCGGUCAGUUGACGGGGGGGGAGGGGGGAGGGGCAGGUGGGGGAAGGGAGGGUGUGCGAUUGGCACAAGUGCAGGGGGGCAGGUGGGGAGGGUAGCGGAGGCGCUGUACGAGGUGAGGCGCAGCCCGGUGUUGGGGCGCCACGUGGCGGGCGAGUGGGAGCGCCAGGCCCUGCGCGCACUGCUGCUGCGCGCAGGGGGGGAGGCGGCGCUGCGCAUGGUGCUGCCCUCGCUGCUCAUGUUCCGCGCCGGCCACGCCACCCAGUUCGUUGAAGUGCCGCCCUCCGACCUGGCGCUGACGUCAGAUGCCGCCCUGGUGCUGGACCACGGCACCGACAUGCUCAUCUGGCUCGGCGCGCACCUGGCGCCGGACGAGCCCACGAGGCGCGGAGUGGAGGCGGCGUGUCGCCAGCUGGCAGCGCAGCUCAUGGGUGGGCCGGGCGGCAGAGGCAGGUUCCCGGCGCCUCGCGUACUGUGCUUCACUGUCAGUGCCAAAGGGGGGGAGAGGGUUAGGAGGGGAUGCUGGGAGGUGAUCUAUCUGUGUGUGUGUGCUCCCCCGUGUGCUCUUCCGUGUGCUCCCCCCUGCACUCCCUCGGUGCUUGAUCUUCAACCCCGCAUCCUCGCCCUACACUCCCCGCUCGCCCCGCCCUGUGCCCGCCCUCCCCAUGACGGCAUGGCAGGAGGGCACGCCGGAAGCGGCCUUCAUGACGGCGCGCCUCACCCCCACACACAAGGACCCCCUCGCUGUUCAGGUGGGCAUGCAUUUCCCAUGGGUGAUUGUUACGGUGAUUAUCCCUCGGCAGUCGAGAUGCAUCCUGCGCACCUACUCACUGCGUCUCAUGAUCCCCACCACUCCACCCCCACUGCUACCUGCGUUCCUCCCCUCCCUGCCCGCCAGGAGCUGCUCUUCCCACCGCUGAGGGAGAUGCAGGAGGAGGAGCGGGCAGCCGUGCGGGCCAAGCUGCCGCCCACCCCCGAGCCCGGCUUCACCGACUGGCUGCGCUCGCUGCGCCUCGCUCCCCCUCAACCCCCCCUCGCUGCACCCUCCUGA